AUGGUGGUCACGACAGAAGGCGGUGCGGCUUUUGGCCAACCGACAGACCAUCAGAUGGACGACGCACGCAGGGCUCGAGAGUUCUACCACUACUUUCAACCGGACAAUCUCCUCCAACCUCACCUCCGACGUCGCCCUUCGAUCCUCGAUGUCACCAGCGAUGAAGUCCCCAACCUGUGCAAGGCCCUCUCCCCACUGUGCCAGUUAACAGCCCUUCGCUUGGACGUCCGCAAGGCAAUGAUCAAUGUCAUGGAUCGCGAUGUCAUGUAUUUCUUGAGUGGAGCCACGAAAAUCUGGACGGACGAGGCCGAAGAGACCUAUGAGUUCGUUGAAGAUCCCAUAUUCUUGAACUGCAGCUCAGUGCCGCUCAAGGGUAGAAUUUGUGAAUUGACCAUCCGGCUUGACAAUAAAGAUCAUAACGGUGUACCCACAUUCGUAAUCAACGACCUUGCCGAUUCCCAGUUUGCCCACAUGGAAAUCAUCUCUGGACCCCCAUACUACAGAUUCUAUGCAGGCGUUCCGAUCACAACAAGAGACGGGGUCAAUAUCGGCAGCCUCGCCGUUAUGGACACCCGAUCUCGCCCAAACGGGUUGACCUCUACCGAGGAAUCGUUUCUUGCAGAGACCGCGCAACAGAUAAUGGUAUUCCUCGAAACGAACAGACAAGCAAUAGAAGGACGUCAAUCUCGCCGAAUGGCCGAGGGUCUUGAAGCUUUCAUUGCGGGACGCAAAAGUGUUCACGGCGAGAAAGCAGGAUUUCAAAACAGUCCACUCUUCAAGAAGAGGUCGAAAUUUGCCUAUGGUCUGGCGGCGCCCCUGGAAAAUAAUACUUCUCCAACGCUAAAAUCGUCUGCCCAGGGUGAGUCUGGCCCCAGAAGUCACACUACCAUCGCUCUUGAACAUGUCGAAGAUCCUAGCACCUCGGACCUUUCCUCAGAUACGGAGAGCUUGAAUGGGUACUCCGAAACCGACGGCGAAUCAAGGACACACACGAAAACCUUCGCGAGAGCUGCGAAUCUGCUGCGAGAGUGUCUGGGACCUCUCGGCGAGGAGGGUGCUGUCGCAUUCGUCACCGUCAAUGCUCGCAUGCGCAGCCUACACAAAAAGAAUGCCAGUAACCCUGGCCAGGCCAUGGGGACCAUGAACGGAGACCCACAGUCCCUAACAAAAUCCUCCAUCAUCGCGUAUUCGACGCAGUCCAACCCGGUCAUUCCCGAAAAGGGGUUGGAAGAGAGAGUAAAUGGUCUAGAUGGGGAAAUACUCAAUGAUCUUGUCAAACGAUAUCCUGGUGGUCGCUUGUUCACCAUGGAAUGGAAUGUGUCUUCCUCAUCCGAAGAUGAUCUGGAGUCUUCAAGGAGAUUCAGGAGCUCCCCCAGUCAAUCGCGCAUACAUAGCCAUCGGAAACGGCUGGAAGUCAAGGCCAUCCGCGCAGCCUUUCCUUUUGCGGGACAAGUCCUCUUCACACCUCUAUGGGAUGCAACAACAGGGUCAUUUGCAUAUGGUUGCUUCGUCGCAACAGCAUUGGAGACGCGAUCCUUCAAUUCAUCUAUUGAAUUACCCUUUCUCAACUCUUUCUGCAGUACAUUGAUGGGCGAGUGCUCACGGUUGGACACAAUGAUUGCUGACAAGCAGAAAUCCGACUUCGUCGGCACGAUAUCUCACGAAAUGCGGAGUCCUUUGCACGGGCUCCUGGCCAGUGUCGAAUUUCUUGCUGAAACAGAUCUCUCUGGAUUUCAGAGGUCACUCAUUUCUACUAUUGAUUCCUGUGGGCGAACACUUCUGGAUACCAUCAACCACGUCCUGGACUUCUCGAAAAUCAACUCGUUUCAAAAGCACUGGCAGGCUUCGAACAAGAAGCACUCCCACGCAUCACGCCGCCACAACUUUUUAGGCCCGGAUAAUUCUUCCAAGACUAUCUCCCACGGCGCUCCUGCACUGCUGCAACUCCUUGGCGUUAUAGAUGUGUCAGCAGUGUUAGAGGAGGUUGUUGACGGGUUGGUUCUUGGUUAUACAUACACAUCUGGCUUGGAUCUGACGGAUAUACCACGAGAAGCACCAGGCCGGGGGAAGAGGGGACGGCCCGAAACCCAUUGCGUGGAUCCUGUCAAGAUCACAUUGGACGUGCAGAAAGCUGAUUGGACAUUCUUGACCCAGCCAGGGGCAGUCCGCCGAAUUAUCAUGAAUCUUACUGGAAAUGCGAUCAAAUAUACAAGUCGGGGAUCAAUCAAGGUUCGACUCCAACUGCAGACAUCUCAGGAGGAGAGAGGCAACGAUGUGAUGGUGUUGACGGUGGCGGAUACUGGAAAGGGUAUCUCGCAGGAUUUCCUAUCUACCAAGCUCUUUGUACCCUUUGCGCAGGAAAACGCUCUGGCCCCGGGAACCGGUCUUGGGUUGAGCAUUGUGCGCAGCAUUGUCUUGAUGCUGGGCGGUUCGAUUGAUGUGAAAAGCAAAUUAAACGAAGGGACAACGGUCGAGGUUGUGUUACCAAUCAAGAGACCCCUACCUGGGCAGACCUCGACUCAGACUACUCCCUACUCUGACGGCGCCAGCGGCCUGAAUUCUAACGGCAGCUCCAAUGCCGACAACUCGAUAUCGCUGUUGCGAGAUGAAUGGUCGGACGCGGCAGUAACAUUCUGGCAACCGGAACUGGAGCCAGACGACGACCUCGCACGCAUUGUUGAAUCAUAUGUACAGGAUUGGUACAAUCUUCCGUUCCUGGACCCGCUGCUGUGUGAUAGCUGCGCCGUUGUCGUUGCAGAGGAGGAGAACCUGGAGCGUUUACUCGGUCGAUUGGUGGCAACACCUGGACGACGUCCAGCAUUGGUGGUGAUGUGUUCGGUCCUGUCCAGGCACAGCGUGGCACUGGUGCAGUCCUUGGAAGAACGCAUAUGCAGUGCUGUGGAAUUUGUUUCGGAGCCUUGUGGUCCUCACAAACUGGCUCGUAGUAUACGGUUGGCUCUCGAAAAGCAAGCGGCUGUGCGGUCACGAUUUUCACUUGCGGUCGACCAACAAGUCGUACUUCCGAGCGUUGAGACUGCAAGCACGACUCCCGGUACAACCGACUCUGUUUCUCUUGGUACAACCGAAACAGAGUCGGUGGUGGAAGAGUUGGCAGAGAUGGACCUCAACCGGCCCGGCGAGACUGACAACGCUAAGGUGGUUCAAGCAACGGAGACCUUUGCCGCUUCCCAGGCGAGCCACAAUGCACAGAUGGCAAUACAUGACCCCAUAACCGCUCUGCGGACACCGAGAAAUCAUGUCAGCGAAGGAGAAUCUUUCCCCUUUCCCUCACACAGUCAAGAGAGCUCUAGGAUGCGUCGCGAGAGCGAUCGAUGGUCUAUCCACAAGAACCCAAGCAACCCAGCCUCACCCCACGAAGCACCAAAUGUUCGCUCAAGGGCUCCGUCUUCACCACAGCCAACCAUUGCCAGGGUUGAUCCGCAUAUUCUCCUGGUGGACGACAAUAAGAUCAAUCUUAAGCUGCUCGAGACGUUUUUGAAGACGAAAAGGAAAUAUGGGCGCAUUGAGCAAGCGGAGGAUGGUCAGCAGGCCGUUGACGCUGUCAAAGCGGCUAAAGACCCCUUUGACAUUAUCUUUAUGGACAUUUCGAUGCCAAUACUAGACGGAUUCGAGGCCACCCGUGCCAUUCGUCAGUACGAAGAUCUACGCGGCUGUAAACCUGGUGCUAUGGUCAUCGCACUGACCGGAUUGGCAAGUGCCAGAGACCAAAGCGAAGUUUUCAGCAGUGGAUGCGACAUAUAUAUGACGAAGCCUGUGAGCUUUAAAGAGGUCGGUAAACUUCUGAACAACUGGGAGGCUCACAAGACUAUCGACUCGAUAUGA